AUAUAAAUUGCCUAGAUGAAUGCUUUAAGUACGAUGCAACGCGAGAGCCCAAAUUGCGUCGUAGAACUAGAAUCAGCCUUUUCUCCAAUUUCCCUUUCUCGUUUUCGCCUUGGUUCCCGGUUUGGCUGCGUUAUUGUGCAGCACUGUCAGCCGCGUUCUGUUACUCUCAGUUCACUGCCUUGCUGUUUUCCUAAGAAAUUUCAAACUCCUACGACAGUGACCAUGGAAGAAGAUGGUGAAGAACCACCACUUGCUGUUGAGAUUACUGCUGCUGUCAAUGAAAGCACUCCUUGCCCAUCUACCCAAAUCAAUCACCAGCCAGAAACCACCGAUGCCCCUCCAGUCGGUGUUACUGUCAUCACAGGCUACCUCGGCGCCGGCAAAUCGACUCUGAUAAAUUACAUAUUGAGUGCACAACAUGGGAAGAAAAUAGCAGUAAUACUCAAUGAGUUUGGGGAGGAGUUGGGAGUGGAGAGAGCGAUGAUCAAUGAAGGAGAAAGUGGUGGGCUUGUGGAGGAGUGGGUGGAGCUAGCAAAUGGCUGCAUUUGCUGUACUGUGAAGCAUAGCUUGGUUCAAGCUUUAGAGCAGCUUGUUCAGAGGAAAGAAAGACUUGACCAUAUAUUGCUAGAGACUACAGGUUUGGCAAACCCUGCACCUCUGGCAUCUGUUCUUUGGUUGGAUGAUCAACUAGAAUCAGCUGUCAAGCUUGACUCCAUUAUUACUGUUGUUGAUGCAAAAAACCUUCGUUAUCAGCUGAAGGUGCACCAUGAAUCAUCUUCAUUUCCAGAAGCAUACUUGCAAAUAGCAUAUGCGGAUGUUGUGAUUCUUAACAAGAUUGAUCUGGUAUCUCAAGAUGGUUCUGGAUCAGCUCUAGAUGAACUGGAGAAGGAGAUACACAAUAUUAAUUCCCUUGCCAAUAUUAUUCAUUCUGUUCGUUGUCAAGUUGACUUGUCUAAAAUACUGAAUUGCCAAGCAUAUGAUCCAACACAUGUAACUCACUUGGAAGCAUUGCUAGAAGCAAAUAAAUCUCUAACUACUCGAGAUCUUCAUGAUACUGGUGUCCGAACGUUAUGCAUUUGUGAGUCACAGCAGAUCAAUCUUGACAAGAUUCGUGUGUGGCUCGAGGAACUCCUUUGGGACAAAAAGUAUGGCAUGGACAUAUAUCGCUGCAAGGGAAUUUUAAGAGUCAUGAAUUCAGAUCAGCUCUAUACUCUGCAGGGUGUGAGAGAGAUCUACGAGAUUGUUUCAACUCGGGACUGGAGAAAGGAAGAAAACCAAAUGAACAAAAUAGUUUUCAUAGGUAAAUCGUUAAAUGAAGACAUUUUGUUGGAUUCUCUAAGAGCUUGUGUAGUGGAAACCUCAACCUGAGCACAUAGAUGAGCUUCAUGGAAUUUAAUACUUGGUAAACUGCCUUUAUUUUUGGUUAGUUCAGUAUACACCAUAACUAUCUAAGGUUCAAUUUCAUGAUGUGCAUGAUGUAGAGUGUAGACAACAAUUAUACUAUGCUCAUCUCAACACUACUUGUAUACAUUUUGAUGCCAGACUUUUGUGUGUAA